AUGCUCAAGUCUCGGCUCCGCAUGUUCCUGAACGAGCUGAAGCUGCUGGUGCUGACGGGCGGGGGGCGGCCCCGGGCCGAGCCGCAGCCCCGGGGGGGCGGGGGGGGCGGCUGCGGCUGGGCGCCCUUCGCCGGCUGCUCGGCCCGGGACGGCGACGGCGACGAAGAGGAGUACUACGGGUCGGAGCCGCGGGCCCGGGGCCUGGCCGGAGACAAGGAGCCGCGGGCCGGACUCCCGCCGCCGCCCGCGCCGCCGCCACCGCCGCCGCCCCCGGGCGCGCUGGACGCCCUGUCGCUUAGCAGCAGCCUGGACAGCGGGCUCCGGACCCCCCAGUGCCGAAUCUGCUUCCAGGGCCCCGAGCAGGGGGAGCUCCUGAGCCCCUGCCGCUGCGACGGCUCUGUGCGCUGCACGCACCAGCCCUGCCUCAUCCGCUGGAUCAGCGAGAGGGGCUCCUGGAGCUGUGAGCUCUGCUACUUCAAGUAUCAGGUCCUGGCGAUCAGCACCAAGAAUCCACUGCAGUGGCAGGCCAUCUCCCUGACGGUCAUUGAGAAGGUGCAGAUUGCGGCCAUAGUUCUGGGCUCUCUCUUCCUCGUCGCCAGCAUCUCCUGGCUCAUCUGGUCCUCACUCAGCCCUUCAGCCAAGUGGCAACGCCAGGAUCUGCUCUUUCAGAUCUGCUACGGCAUGUAUGGCUUCAUGGAUGUUGUCUGCAUAGGCCUCAUCGUCCAUGAAGGCUCCUCUGUCUACCGCAUCUUCAAGCGCUGGCAGGCAGUGAACCAGCAGUGGAAGGUCCUGAAUUAUGACAAGACCAAGGACAUAGGAGGAGAUGCAGGGGGAGGGACAACAGGGAAGCCAGGCCCCAGGACCUCACGGACAGGCCCGCCCUCUGGGGCCACCAGCCGCCCCCCUGCUGCCCAGCGCAUGCGGACGCUCUUGCCUCAGCGCUGUGGUUACACAAUCCUGCACCUCCUUGGACAGCUGCGGCCACCAGAUGCGCGUUCCAGUUCCCAUUCUGGCCGAGAGGUUGUCAUGAGGGUCACCACAGUCUGAACUGGACUCCAGGAGCGAGGAUCUUAAGUCAGUACCUUGGCUACAGAUGAGCUAUUAUGGCUGCUGGAGGUACUACCUGGACCAGAUGUUUGGUGCACACUGCCCCCACUACCGAGGAUCUCUGUGGGCAGCCUCAAGCUGGAGACAUUGUCUGGCUUCUACUGCCCACUGGGUAGAGACACUUGGAUGACAUUCCAGCCCCCACUGACAGCUCCUCACAUUCAUCCUGGGGCAGCCAGCGGGCAAAUGGGGAGAGCAGCUUUUCUUCCCUAGAGAACCGUCUUUACCUCAGCUCCUAGGGCCUCCAGCCCCUCAGAUCUACCACAGUGACUUGGUGAGGGGGGAAUCAAUGCCAGAAGAAAGGGGCUGUAGACCCCUCCCCCAUUCCCCACUUCAUGGCCACAGGGCAGCUGGCAAUAAGACUAGUACACAUUAACCUCCCGUUCCCUGCAUGAGGGCGGGGGAGACUUCCCUGGCUCUGCCCCCCAUUGCAUGGGGGGAGGGCAUAAAGAAUCAUUUAUAUGCACAAGGAGACUCCUUUCUCAUCUGGGGCUUUUUCUGGAGGGUUGGGAGGCGUGGCGAGGUUUCUUUGCAGAGGUUCCAAAUCCCAAAUGCAGCAGUGGGUUCUGAGUUGGAGGUUUAACUCCCACUUGCUGGUGAGUAAUUCAUAUUGGCUGCUAGAUGGCAGUGCUCAGAGGUAUGUAAAGGGUGAACCUACCACCUCCAAGUUGUGUGUGAUUUAGGAAAAAAUCUCUCUACUGUGGUUUGCCUGUCUACCUCAUAAG